AUGGAAAAAGUAUGCUAUGUGUUCAUCUGCUUGAUCUUAAUGUUGCAACCUCUAAGCAGUAGUUACGCUCAGAACAUUACUUAUGAGGCUCAAGUUUUAAUGGACAUAAAAAACCGUGUGAAGGUACAAAAUAUGGAAAAAGUAUGCAAUGUGUUCAUCUGCUUGAUCUUAAUGUUGCAACCUCUAAGCAGUAGUUACGCUCAGAACAUGACUUAUGAGGCUCAAGUUUUAAUGGACAUAAAAAACCGGUUAAAGGGAACUGAAGAUUGUAUUCCGAAAUGGGGCCUAACUGGCAACCCUUGCAACUGGACAGGCAUCCACUGCGACGAAUCAUAUCAUGUCGAUGGCAUCUAUCUUUCGGAUAAUUGUACGAACUUAGAAGGUGUUCUUGCCGACUUCGAGGGGCUUACCAACUUAACUCACCUGGAGCAUCUGAUGAUAUAUGAUACUAAAAUUAGUGGUCAAAUACCCAAUAGCUUUGGAACGCUUGUCGGUUUAAAGGAAUUGUAUCUUUCUUCAAACCACCUCAACGGGAGCAUUCCAUCUGAGUUGGGCAACUUGAUUAAUUUAGAAUCCUUAAAGUUAUCAUUCAACAACCUCACAGGCAACAUUCCGUCUACAUUGGCCCAAUUGCAGAAUUUAGAAACCUUGUAUCUAAGUUACAACACAUUGAGUGGCGAAAUACCUUCGACAUUGACCACUCUCAUAUAUUUUAAUGUACUGUGAGUAUUCGAGUUUGGAUAUAUAUAGUUUCUCUGAACAAGACGUAUAUAGCAAUCAUUUCGAGCUUCAAACAUUGUUAUGCAGGAAUUUU